AAACAUCAGAGGCGCCGCUGGUUCCGGACGGACCGGGUCCAGCCGGGUUCUGUGUCGCCAUGGCAACAGGAGGCGUAAACAGAGCGAGGCUGCGGCUCCGCGGGGAGAACGGCUUGUUGUGGAGGAACCCUCAGAGGGAGCAGGCUGCAGCUGAGCCUAAAGACGAGCAGCAGCAGGAGGAGCAGGAGGCGCAGUCUGAGAAGAUGGCUGGAGGAGCAGCACCAGGAGGUCUGCAGGACCUCCUCACAGGACGCAGCACAGGAGCUCAGAGGAUGAGGAGCAACAUGAUCCGGGUCUUCGUCAGCUCCGCGCUUACAGACAUGAGCAGCGAGAGGAAAGCUCUGCUGGAGAAGGCCUACCCAGAGGUCCAGACCUUCUGCCGCAGCCUGGGGCUGGUCUUUGAGGUGGUGGACCUAAGCUGGGGGAUGAGGAACGUCCCGUGUGGAGACCAUGAGGCCUGGGAGGUCUCCCUGCAGGAGAUCCAGACGUGUAGGAGGAUUUCUGCUGGGCCAGCCUUCGUUGGCCUGCUGGGGAACCGCUACGGCCAUCGAGAACUUCCUCGCCUCAUCCCAGAGAAGCAGUUUGAGGUUCUUCUUUCCAAGAUGGUCAAGAACCCGGACGGUGUGAAGAAACUCCAAGAGUGGUUCCUGAAGGACAGCAACUCUGUCCCGCCCACCUACGUCCUCCAGCCAAUCACCACACCUGAGACCGGCCGUCUCCAUGACAACGACCUUCUGUCCUGGCGCCUGACGGAGAGUCAGCUGCUGCAGCUGCUCCGCUCCGCCGCCGCUGAGGCCGAGGCUGCUGGAGACAUCUCAGCCGAGCAGAAGCAGGUCCUCUGCUCCUCAGGUGAGUCCUGGACACGCCCUCCAUGUCCUUCUGCUUCCUGGUGGAGAAGACCAAAGGCUUCUGCUUCUGGUUCAGUCACAGAGAGGGAGUUCCUGGAGGGCUUCAGGAAGGACGACGGCGAGCCCACCGCCCUGCUCUUUGUGCGGGAGUCACCCCGCCAGAAGACCAGGGAUGGAGCCAAACGUCUGGCCAAGUUCAAGGACAUCUCGGUGGACGGGCUGCUGGACAUGGAAGCUGAGGAACUCCUCUCUGGGCUGAAGUCCCGUCUGUACGCCACGUCCAAGAAGGUCCUCAACCUGCACUGUGUGGAGCUCAGCAAGGGAGGCGUCGACCCCAAACGCAAGGAGCACGCUCAGUACCUGGACGCCGUCUGCCAGCAGUUCGUCUCCCAGUUGACGGCCCGGGUGGGAGCGGCGGCCGGCCCGGCGGAGGCGGGGAGGAGGAGGACGGCGUGGGGAAGCUCAGAGAAGGAGGAGGAGGAGUGUGACUGGGUGGUGGAGGAGGUGAGGCGGCACUCGGCCACCGCCGCUGAGCUCAGCAAAGGUCUCCACGGCAGAGACGGGCUCCUGGGGAAGAUCUGCCUCACCCUGUGGGAGUCCAGCGCAGCCCGGCACGGCCCGCUGGUGGUCCACGGCGCCGCCGGCAUGGGGAAGACCACGCUGCUGUGCAGACUGGCGCAGGAGAUGCGUGGCGUCCUGGAGGCCGGGGCGGUGCUGGUGGUCAGGCUGCUGGCGGCCGGUCACCCUCACAGACCCGACGUCAGCCACCUUCUGCACAGCGUCUGCCUGCAGGUGUGUCUGGCCUGCCGCCUGCCGCCGCCCCCCCUGCUGGCCGUCAGCUCUCACCUGGAGAUGCGGCUCUUCUUCCAGAAGAUGCUGGAGGACGUGUCCCAGCAGGGCAACACGCUGCUGGUGGUCCUGGACUCUCUGGAGCAGCUAGCAGACCGCCAUCAGGCUUACAAGCUGCGCUGGCUGCCCACAGACGUCCCUCCAAACGUCCACCUGCUGGUGUCCCUGGACUCCGCCAGCGAGGCCUUUGCUCACCUGCGGCUGAAGCUGGGCGCUGCGGGGAAGCUGUUUGAGGUGCAGCGUCUGUCUCCUGAUGAGGGGGAGCAGGUGAUGGAGUCCUACCUGCAGGCUUCUCAGCGAACUUUGACCCGGCAGCAGAGGGACGCCGUGCUGCAGAGCUUCACGCCCACCGGCUCCCCGCUUCACCUGAAGCUCAUGCUGUCUGCCAACAAACGCUGCGCUUCCUUUACGCCGCCAGCAGAGCUGCUGCUGGGCGCCAGUGCACAGGAAGUGAUGUCACAGCUCCUCCUGAACCUGGAGAAGAAACACGGGAAGCAACUGGUGGGCGGAGCCUUGGCGUACAUCGUGUUGGCGAGGAGGGGCCUGUUGGAGGCGGAGCUGCGUGACGUCUUGUCGCUGGAUGAUGAUGUCAUCGGGGAGGUCUACAGGUGUUCCCUUCCUCCGACGCCUUCGCUGAUACGGUUGCCCCCCCUCCUGUGGGCCCGGCUCAAGCGGGACCUCGAGGACCAGCUGGAGGAGCGAUGGAGCGAUGGAGUCGCUGCCGUUGCCUUCAGCAGCCGGGUUCUCUCAGAGGUGGUCAAAGCCCGCUAUCUGACCCCAGAGCGACGUGGACGGACUCACAGGACCCUGGCGGAGUACUUCCUGGGUCGCUGGUCUGGUAAACUGAAGCCAGCGGCUCUGCCGGGUCUGACGCUGCUGCUGUCUGACAGGAAGGUUCCACCGCAGCCGCUGUGGUUCACUGAAGGGUUGGCCAACGUCCGGAAGCUUGAAGAGCUGCCCUAUCACCUGCUGCAUGCUGGUCUGUGGGAGGAGCUACGACAGGAAGUAAUAGGCAGUGCUGAGUGGCUGUUCUGUAAGAGCCGGGUCUGCGGCGUCUCCAGCGUCAUCAGCGACCUGGACCAGUGCUCCAGAUCCAUGGACUGCUCAGAAACCCAGCUGGUCCGGGACGCCCUGAUCCUGAUGAGACCCGGCCUGGACGUCCUGGCAGGACAAAUGGACCGGUCUCUGUUCUACUCCGAGCUGCUGGCCCGGCUCUCCUCGCUGUCCUCCCUCGCUGUGAUUGGUCAGCUCUGCAGCCAGUGUGAGGACCGGCUCCAGACGAGUCCGCAGCCGGUUCUGAUCCCGAGGAGCAGCUUCCUCCAGCAGCCAGGGGGGGCGCUGCAGCACACGCUGACCGCAGCACACGGAGGUGUUCUCUGUCUGGAUGUGGGCGUGGCCGUGCAGCUACUGGUCACGGGGUCAGCUGAUGGCGUGGUGGCGGUCUGGAGCCUCGGUGACAAACAGCUGGAGCACGCGCUGCAGGGACCUGCAGCCGCCAUUUUGUCUGUGAGGAUCAUCGAAAGCUCCGCCCACUGCCUCUCAUUGGCUGCAGACGGUGCCCUGAGGAGGUGGAGCUUAACGAGCGGCCAACAGCUUCUCUGCAUCCAGGAGGCGGGGCCUGCUGGCUCCGCCCCUUCUUCAGUUCACUUGCAGGUGUCAGACGAGCUGAUGUUUGUUUACACCUGGACGCAGGUGAAGGUGUGGAGGCCGGACGGAACCGAGGUCCAGCUCGGCGGCAGUGGGGACGUGGGGGUUCUGGGGGUUCUGGGAAACUCUGUGGUGUCUCUGCAGGACGCUGAACGGGUCAGAAUCCACGACCCGGUUACCGGGACCCGGUCUGUGGUGAAGCUGAGCCGGUGCCUGACUCCGGUCCGGGCGGUGACGGCGCCUAAAGGCGGGACGGUGCUGGUGGUGUCGGAGGACGGGUUCCUGCAUCAGAUCUCCAAGUCAGGCAGACAAACCAGCGCCGAGUUUCCUCUGCGUCCGUCUCUCGUCUGCGUCUCAGAGGACGAGAAGGUCCUGCUAGCAGGCUGCGAGCGGACUCUGAGUCUGUUCCACAUCUGCAGCGAUUCUGUGGACGGCUUCCUGGACCUGCAGCACGACGACCAGGUGCUGUCGGCCUGCGUGUCCUCAGACUGCAGACACGUGGUCUCUGGAGCUGCAGACCAGCUCAUCAGGGUCUGGUCCGUCACCACCGGCCUCCUGCUGGACGUCUUGUGCGGCGCCGACGCUCCGGUCGCCUCCCUGCUCCUCUACGACGGCCUCGUAGUGUCGGCCUCCCCGGCGGCGCCGGCGGUCCAGCUGUGGAGCCUGAAGUACGACGGCAGCCACAAACGGCCCGCCCACAUCCCGGCAGGCUCCGCCCACGCCGCCGUCACCAGAGAUGGAGAUCAGGUGUUCUACGUCCAGCGGCAGAGCCAGAGGGAGGUGAUGAGUUGGGACAGCCGCGCAGGUUCUCUGUCGGAGCGCUUGGCCGUCUCCGCUGAGGUCAGCUGUCUGGAGCUGGUGCAGCACAAGCGUCUGCUCCUGUGCGGCCUGGCGAGCGGCACCGUGCUCAUCUACCCGCUGAGCCUCCCCCAGGAGGCGCUGUGCAUCCCGCCCCCAGAGAGCCGCUCCCCGGUGCUCUGCCUGGCCGUCAGCCCCCAGGAGCAACACCUGGCCGUCGCCUACCUGGACUCCGUCUGCCUCUUCCAGCUCAGCAGCAGAGACGCCUUCCCCACGGUGGAGGGGCCCCUGGGGAGGGCCCCGCUGUCGCUGCUCCACGCCCCGCCGUCCUGCAUGGCCCUGCUGCCCGACCGCCGCCUGCUGUACGGCACCGGCUGCGGCGAGGUGAAGCUGCACGACUUCGGCGGCGGCGCCGGCUCCGACCUGCAGCCCCACCGCAGCAGGAUCACCUGCGUCUGCUGCAGCAACUGGGGGACGCAUGCGCUGGUGGGCUCCCAGGACGCCACGCAGAGGCUGUGGGCCCUGGCCCCGCUGGCCCUGGACCACACCAUGGAGUACAAGGGUCUGUUCUUCGAGGGCGUCGUCUGCGCCGCGUUCUCCGACAGCGACCGGUUCGUCUUCACCGGAUCUCUGGACCGAACCAUCAAGGUCUGGGACGUGGCUUCAGGAAAGCUUCUGUACGUUCAGUACGUCUACUCGCCCGUCGUCCGCAUGCUGACCUGCAGGAACGGCUUCCUGGCGCUGUCCCUGCAGGGCUCCAUCAUCCGGGAGGCCUUCCGCUGUCCGGACCUCAUCGGCCCGGACUACGACCCUCUGACCCACGUCAGCGCCCAGUACCGGGUCACCUCCAGGGAGAAGGACCGGGACGCUCAGCAGAACUGCGUGUCCGCUCUGCAGGACUUCAACCCGGCCCAGAUCAACCUGAACCUCGUGAGCAUGCUCAGAACCAAACCCUCGCCUGCCUGCGUCCUCCUGUAGGGCACCAGAACUCCCAGAACCCAGAACCCAGAACCCAGACAUGAAAAUCAGCUUCAGCUUUAUUCUGGAAGGUUACGCAGAAACUUUAACGAAUGAUUUCCUCCUCUUCAUCAGACUCUGUGCUCAACAUGUUCUGUUAAAAUCUGCUGGUGUCUAAAAAUGAUUCAUUCAAGUGGAGAAAAGUUCUGCUCCCAGCAGCACCACUGGUGGUUAAACGGUCCAAUCAGUUUCAGUUCAGUUCUGUCUGUAUAGCUCCAAUUAACAUCACAUCACGUCAUCAUCUUAAGGUUCUUUCCAAAGUCAGCCUCCAUCAGAUCCUCCAGGUUGGUGAGAAAGUUUCCUCUCUAAGGAAACCCA